AUGCUGAGCCUCCCAGGACAACUGCCCGCCCGGCGCUACAUCGCCCUCGCCAUCUUCUUCCUGCUGGCCGUCAUCCUCUGGCAGGGCUUCAACCCCUUCCACCUGGCAUUCAAGGCCUCUAGCGGCAGUCCCAUUCGCUACGUCCCCAGCACGAUUGACUGGAGCCAGGCCAAGAUCUACUUCCCGCCGAACAAGACGGUCCCGCUGCCGUCGGGAAGACCCAAGGCCUUGCCUCGGGUACAAGCCCGAGCAGCCUCUGAGGACGACCAUGAUGUUUCGAAAACUCGGAGGGAGGCUGUGCGAAAGGCCUUCAUCAAGAGCUGGAAUACAUACAAGCAGUACGCGUGGGGCAAGGACGAACUGAUGCCGCUCUCGGGAAAGGGCAAGACUACUUUUUCAGGAUGGUCCGCCCAGCUGGUCGACGCUCUCGACUCGUUAUGGAUUUUGGGCUUGAGGGAUGAUUUUCGCCAUGCCGUGAGGGAGGUUGCCAAGAUUAACUGGUCCAAGACCGACGGCAGCAACAUCAACGUGUUUGAGGUGACGAUUCGAUACCUGGGUGGAUUGUUGUCAGCCUACGAUCUCUCAGGAGAAGAGGUGCUGCUGAAAAAGGCCGUGGAGCUUGGCGAUGCGCUGUACAUGGCAUUUGACACGCCGAACCGUCUGCCGACUCAUUGGCUCAGCUACACCAGGGCCGAGAACGGAGAGACCCUUGGCGAUACCAGCAUUUCCGGCGCGGCCAGCGGAUCGCUCUGCGUCGAGUUCACUCGUCUGAGUCAAAUCACCGGGGACGCCAAGUACUACGAUGCCACGGAACGGGUCAAGCAGUUUUUUUAUGAAAAUCAGAACCACACCAAGGCCCCCGGGCUGUGGCCAUGGGAUGUGAAUUUCCGCGAGGGCACUAUUGAAGAUGGCUUCUUCACAUUCGGAGCUGGUGCCGAUUCGCAGUACGAGUACCUUCCCAAGAUGCACGCCCUGCUUGGCGGACUGGACCCGGAAUAUGUCGAGAUGACAGUCUUGUCUUUGGAUGCCGGCCGAGACAAGUUGCUCUUCAAGCCAAUGACGCCCAAGGACGAGGACAUCCUCAUGUCAGGCAACCUGGACACCUUCUCGGGCAAGCGAGAAAGCACGGCGCAAAUGCAGCAUCUGACCUGUUUCGUGGGCGGCAUGUACGCCCUCGCCGGCAAGCUCGUCGGACGCAACGACUAUGUCGAUCUGGCCGCCCGCCUCACCGCGGGCUGCGUCUGGGGCUACGACUCAUUCCCGACCAACAUCAUGCCCGAAGCAACUGAGCUGGUCAAGUGCGAAAAGAUGGACCAGCCGUGCCCCUACCAGGAAGACAAAUUCUCCGCAGGCAGCGGUAAGAAUUUGCCAGACGGGUUUCUUCGGGUCAACGACGGGAGGUACAUGUUGAGACCGGAAGGCAUUGAAAGCGUCUUCUACAUGUGGCGCGUGACGGGGGAUCCUGUCUGGCGCGACGCAGCAUGGCGAAUGUGGGAGGGCAUAGUGAAGGAGACGGAGACGGAGUUGGCAUUUGCUUCCAUUGAGGAUGCCAGUAUGCACGGGAGUGCCAAGAUUGAUUCCAUGGAGAAAAGAAAUCGUGAUGAAGCACGAGGCAUGCCACUUCGUCUCGCUGCAGGUCGCACCCUCGCGGCCCAACCACUAACUGUGCACGGCGCAUCCCCCACCGCUCACCUGCGCCGGUUUCACGCCUCCCUCACCAGAGCAUCCGACUUUGCCAACCAGAAUCACUACGAGCGCCUGGGCAUUCACCACGAUGCCUCGCCCGGCGAGAUCAAAAAGUCCUUCUACUCGCUCUCCAAAUCUCACCACCCGGACGUAAACCCCUCGCCCGGCGCAGCCCAAAACUUCACCCUCCUCUCCGAAGCCUACAACGUGCUCUCCGACGCCUCCCGGCGCGCCCAGUACGACCGCGACGUCCUGCGCCUGCACCACCCGCACCACCACUCCUCUCCGCCCGCCGGCUCGUCGUACCACAGCUCCUCCCACCAGCACCAGCACCACGCCGGCGGCCGGCCGCCCUCGGGCCUCUCCAAGCGCAGAGGGACCUUCCGCGGCCCGCCGCCGAGCUUCUACAGGAGCGGCGGCUGGGGCGCGCACGCCGACAAGAGGCGCCAGGCCCACGAGGAGUCCACCACCGCCUCGGCGGCGCGGGGGGACCCGUGGAAGCACUUCCACCAGGGCCAGCCGGGGAUGGGCCCCGGGUCCAGCCCCUUCGGCGCGGGCAGGCCGGACGACGACGUGCCGCACUUUGACGAGCGGGCUCACGCGCGCACGCACCAGCGGCAGGACCAGCGGCGGUACGAGCGCCGCCGGGCCAUGGGCGACGACGACGUCGAGUUUGAGCCGCAGACCAGUCUGGCCGGGCACUUCUUCAUCAUCAUGGGCAUCCUGGCGGCCACCAUGGUCGCGCCCCUUGUUUACUUGCAGUUUAUGCGGCUGGGGAGGAGGAAGAGGGACGGCGUGUGA